AUGGAUAUCAAAAAACCACUCUCUCAAUCACACUCAGGAACGCCAACAACAUCAAUCACUAAACAAGGAGCCCAACAUUCCACAUCCCCAGAGACACGGGUCAUCCACUCAGAAAAAGUUUAUGGAUGUGACACAAAGUCAAGAAAUCUAAGAAUAUUAGAGAUACAACGGCCUCUUGCUAAAGCAGAUGAAAACUACCACAUAGAAGCCAGAAAAAUAAGAUCCAAGAACGAGAAGACAAAGAAGUCUUUCCCUUGGAAAGAUGAGUAUUUCACUCAACUGCUACUUCUACAAAAACCUUACCCCAAAGGCCAGGAGCCCCUCUUCAGGAAAAGCUGGCAUCAGGAUGAAGUGGAGGAGAGAGGACAGUUGAUUGACAUCAAAGAUUUAUUUGGCCCACGUCUAGACACUCAGGGACAAUCUCCAACAGUCAUACUGUAUGGGUCUGCCGGAAUUGGGAAAUCAACUCUGGCCAGGCAGGUGAGAGCAGCCUGGGAAGAAGGGCGGCUGUACAGGGACCUAUUCCAGCACAUCUUUUUCAUCAGUUGCAGGGAGCUAGACCAGCAUGGCAUUUUGAGUCUGGCUGAGCUUCUUGAAAAUGACCCAGCUGUCCCAGAAGUUCCCAUUCAUGAGAUCCUGUCUAGGCCAGAGCAGCUGCUCUUCAUCUUAGAUGGUGUGGAUGAGUUACUAUGGACUCUAGAGAGGAAGAAGUCUUGCCUUGUUCUACCCUGGAGCAAGAGUCAGCCCAUUUACAUGCUACUGAGUAAUUUGCCAAUUUACAUGCUACUGAGCAAUUUGCUGAGUAGAAUCAUGCUUCCUGAGGCUUCCCUGCUCAUCACAGCGCGGACCACAGCACUCUCUAAGCUCAUCCCUAUCUUGAAGCAGCCAUGUCAGGUGGAAGUCCUGGGCUUCGCUGAGUUCCGCAGGAAGGAAUAUUUCUACAAAUAUUUCUCAGAUGAGAGCCAAGCACUCAAAGCCUUUAGCUUGGUUGAAUCAAACCCCGAACUCUUGACUCUGUGUCUAGUGCCCUGGGUGUCGUGGCUGGUCUGCACAUGCCUCAAGCAACAGAUGGAGCGAGGGGAGGAGCUUCCACUCACCUCCCAGACCACCACAGCCCUCUGUCUGCACUACCUUGUCCAGAAUCUCCCAGCUCAGCUCAUGGGGACACAUCUCAUGGGGAUCUGCUCCCUGGCUGCUGAAGGCAUCCGUUUGAGAAAGACUGUAUUCACUAUAGAUGACUUGAGGAAGUAUGGUUUAAGACAGGAUGUCAUUUCCAAUUUCAUAGGGAUUGGUAUCCUUCAAGACCACCAAUCUAUGAGCUACAGCUUCACUCACCUCUGUUUCCAGGAGUUCCUCGCAGCAGUGGUUUUUGCUUUAUGGGAUGAAUAUCCUAACUUCCUGAUAGCAGAGAAAGACUUGCCAGUAGAGUAUAGAAAGCAUAGCCUGUUUGAAGAACCAACCAUUCAAUUCCUCUUUGGUCUUUUAAGUGAACAAGUAACAAAAGAGAUGAAAUGCAUUACCCACCAGCUGCCUCAGAUGGAGAAAUGGAAGCUGCUAUAUUGGGCAGAGAUGAAAUCCAGGUACGAGCAGCCAUUUUCGCUGGAAGUGCUUCACUGUCUUUAUGAGACUCAGGAUGAAGACUUUCUGACCCAAGUUAUGCAAAGGUUCUUGAGAGCCAGAAUGUACCUUCGUACAGACAUGGAGCUUCUGGUGGCCACUUUCUGUAUUAAAUUCUGCAGCCAUGUGAGGAGGCUUCAGCUGAUUGGACCGCAGAGACAAGUACGGAGAUUCCCUGGAGUAGUUCUGUCCAUGUGGGCCCCACUCACUGAUACCUCGUGGAAGGUUCUCUUCUCCACUCUCAAGGUCAGUGGAAGCCUGAAGGAAUUGGACUUAAGUGGCAAUCCACUGAGUUGUUCUGCAGUGCAGAGUCUGUGUGAGACCCUAAGACACCCCCAGUGCCAUCUGGAGACCUUGAGGCUGGCCAAUUGUGGCCUCACCUCCAGCUGCUGCCAGGACCUGGCCUCUGUGCUUAGCAACAGCUGCAGGCUGAGGGAACUCGACCUGAGAAAGAAUGAACUGGGUGACCUUGGUGUGAAGCUGCUCUGUGAGGGUUUCAGGCAUCCUGCCUGCCAACUCACAUUCCUACGGCUAGACCAGACCUCUCUGAGUGACACAGAGAAGGCGGAACUGAAGGCUCUAGAGGAAAAGAGACGUGAGCUGCUCAUGUCAACACUGUGGCAACAUGGUGGGAAGUACAAGCCUAUACCAGUGGGAAGGAGAAGUAGACAGAGUGUGGGCGAGUGGGAUAGUGGGAUGGAGGAAGAUGCCCGACUAGCAUCAGACCUGGAACUCUUGCAUUUGUCUGGUUCCUCACCAACCAUCCUGCCCGGGGAUUGUCUAGGAAUAGAAAAUGUCUUCUUGGGUCCCAUUGGGCCUGUGAAUACUGAGCUGAUUGACAGAGAAAGGCACCUGUGCUGUGUUCACUUCCCUGUGGCCGGCUUCUACCACUGUCCCAACAUGGGUCUGGGCUUUAUGGUGAGCAGGGCAGUGACCAUCACCAUUGAAUUCUGUUCCUGGGACACUUGCCUGGACAAGACUUGUCUGCAGCACACCUGGAUGAUAGCAGGGCCUCUGUUUGGCAUCAGGGCUGAGCAAGGAACUGUAGCUGCUGUGCACCUCCCUCACUUUGUGAACCUCCAAGAGACCAGAUGUGCACAACUCUCAAAUCUGUUUUAUGUGGCCCACUUUAAAGAGGAGGGCAUGCUGCUGGAGAAGCCAGCCAGGGUGGAGUCACAUUGUGCAGUCCUGGAGAAUCCCAGCUUCUCACCAAUAGGAGUUCUACUGAGGAUGAUUCCUGGCGCCCGGCACUUCAUCCCCAUCAUCUGCACCACAUUGCUGUACUACUACCUGAGUCCUGAUGAAGUCACCUUGCACCUCUACCUGGUCCCCUGUGACUGCAGCAUUCAGAAGGCCAUAGAUGAAGAAGAAGAAAAAUUUCAAUUUGUAAGAAUACACAAGCCACCCCCACUGGAUGCCCUGUACCUGGGUUCUCGCUAUGUUGUAUCUGGAUCUGGGAAGAUGGAUAUCAUCCCCCAGGAACUGGAGCUGUGCUAUCGGAGCCCUGGAGUAUCCCAGCUCUUCUCUGAGAUCUCUGUUAGUGAGCUGGACUCAGCAAUCAGGCUGAAAAUGGAAGAAAAGAAAAAUAGGACUCUAAUAUGGGAGACCUUGCUGAAACCAGGAGAUCUCAGAUCACCAAGUACUCUAGUACCUCCAGCCCCCAAAGGUAGCCUGGCCUUGCCACACUUUGUGGACAGGCAUCGGAAGCAGCUUGUGAACCGAGUGACAUCCGUGGACUCAGUCUUGGACCUGCUGCAUGGACAGAUACUGAGUGAGGAACAGUAUGAGCAGGUACGGGCUGAGGCCACCAGCCCAGCCCAGAUGCGGAAGCUGUUCAGUUUCAGCCGGUCCUGGAAUUGGACCUGCAAAGACCAAUUGUACCAAGCCCUGAAUGAGAUCCAUCCUCACCUGAUCAGGGAACUCUUGGAGAAGAGUUGAGACUCAGAGAGAUCCUGAAAGCUCAGCAUCUGAAAUCUCAGCACUUAUAUUUGAGUGCUGGUUCUUCCUGGCCUUGCUUGGGGACUCAGUUUCUCCACCCAUAGACAAUUUGCUGAGUUUCCUUCCAGCUCUAGAGUUAUGGAUGAACCUUUGCUGGGUGUUGCAUGUCAAGGGCUAGGGCUACUACACAGAUGGCCCGCCUAGCUCUCACAGGCCAAGAAGUAACAGCAGGUACAGGUGAGACACCAGCAUCUCAAGGAUGUCCAGGAGAUGGCAAGAUUCCUCUCAAGGCUUCUUACAAGUGUAUCACCAUGUUUGUUCUUUGAGUAUUUCAACCUAAAAUAUUUAGUCAAUGCCUAGAACUCGAGAAGGGCACCACUUGGAUUCCAGUGAAAGGAAAAACAUGCAGCUGCAGUUUGCUGAUGCACAGAGCAUCUGGCUCUCUGUGUUUCUCAAUCAGAACAAGGAAAGAAGUGGGGGAUGUGAGCCUUUCCUGCUGGCCAUGCUAGACUUGGCUUUUCUAUUGAUUCAGUUGUGUAUUUGGGAUUUGAAAUUGAUUCUCGGAGUCAGAAGAAGGAUGGAG